UUUUUGUGAUUAUCGAAGUAAAAAAAUAUUUAUUUAUUUAUUGUUUUUGGUUAUGUUCGUGAUUGUAAAUGAAAGUGACACUUGAAAAAAAAUAAUUGAAAAUCAUGGGAAAAUUGCUGAGUUUAUUAGCUCGUGAUGAUUCAACAUGUUGUGCACCUCAAAGGUAUGAAGUGUUUUUAGAUUUUGAAAAUGCUGCACCAACUGAUACGGAACGAGAUGUUUAUGAAGAUGUUCAACGAGUACUUAAAGAUUCCGAAUCCGUUCUUGAAGAAAUUCAAAACUAUAAGGGUGCAGGAAAGGAAAUUCGAGAAGCGAUAGCUAUGCCUGUACCUGAAGUUCAACAGCGUGCUUGGAGUGUAGUCUGUCCUCUUGUGGCCAAAGUUCGUAGAUGUUAUGAAUUUUCAAGAGAAUUAGAAAGAGUUGUACCGAGAUUGUUAGGAAAAUUAUGUGGUGGAAGUAUGAGUCCCACUCAACAUUUAGAAACUCAACAAGCUCUAGUUAAACAACUUGCAGAAAUUCUAGAAUUUGUUUUAAAAUUUGAUGAAUACAAGAUGAAAACUCCAGCAAUACAAAAUGAUUUUAGUUAUUAUAGACGAACUGUGUCUAGGCAACAAAAUAUUGGAAGUGCUGCAAACGUUGGAACUAUUAACUCGGACUUGGCCAAUCGAAUGUCAUUAUUUUAUGCACAUCCGACACCUAUGUUAAAAGUACUCAGUGAAGCAACUUCUACGUUUGUAAAAGAUAAUGCAGAUAUUCCUGUUGAAAAUACGACUGAAACAUUAGGAACUAUGGCCAAAGUUUGUUUAAGAAUGCUAGAAAAUCCAAAAUUAGUUGGUCAAUUCGAACAUGAAGAAACGUAUCAUCUUGUAUUGCGGGUGAUGGUCGGUUUAGUGAUAUUAUACGACCAUGUUCAUCCAGUUGGAGCAUUUGCACGUGGAGCUCAUGUCGAUGUAAAAGGCUGUGUACGUUUACUACAAUCACAGCCACCUGCACGCGCUGAACCACUUCUAAAUGCACUUCGAUACACUACAAAACAUUUAAAUGAAGAAAACACACCAAAGAAUAUUAAAAAUCUUUUAGCAGCAUAGCUGUUUUACAUAUCGAUCGCUCUUUAGACAUUAUUUAAUUAAUAAUUUUUUCAAAAUUAAUAAUAUGCACACGUUUAAAUAAUUUUAAUCAAAUAUAUUACGUAACAUAAAGCACUGCCAGUAAUCGUAAUAUAUUUAUAUGAAAAUACAAAAAUUAGUUAUAAAACAAAAAUCAA